UUUCACAGUUUCCGCGCUACCGUUGCCCCAUUCAAUAUUGAGACGUCGUCGGGCUAGGCAGUGAGUCCGGAAGUGCGCUAAGUUGCUCCGCUCCGUUUAUUUAGUAUCGUGACGAAAGCUAGGUUGCACUGCAUUGCAGCCGGCUCUAAGCGAACUCCAAUCCACAUUCACACUUAGUGCUAGGUGCUCUAAUCUAUCAAUCUACAAUAAUACCAAUAACAAUACCGUAUAACUAUUUCUACCACUCUUACAACUAUCAGCAUAACAGAAACAAUUGCGAUAUUCAACUUAUAGCAGUAACUAUUACUGCCGCUGCUGCCAAUGCUACUUCUACUACAAGUGUUAUUACGACAAUUCGAAGUAAACGGUAAAGAUUUACCGACCGAACGACCAAGUUGACGUUGGCACAGUGCCUCACAAAUACACUAAGGCCCUUUGGGUAUUGCGCUCAUUGCCUUCGCAUUGUGUGCUCGUGCAGCGAAGCGGCAAGCACAAAGAGGAACGUAGUAAAAACAAAAUUCAGUAAACGAAGGGGCAAGCAAACGGGAAAAGAAUAAGCAGGUAUCUGUUCUUCAGGAGUUCUGUGAAUCAUCGUCAAUUUGUUGUUAGUGCUUCGAACAAGUGACUACCUCUGGUGCCAUUGGAUUACGUGACUGAAGUGACAUCGUUCAUCGACACAGUGCCAGAGAAGCUGUUUAAUCAAAGCGCGUACAGCACGUAGGGACGGAUGCACGGCCAACGACAACGAGCUACAAUCUACAAAAAACAAUUGGAGUGCACGUAUCCGCACUGUUCAGUGAUCAAUUAGAAACACAGCGGAAGCAAAGAAAUAUCCAUGCUGAAACUGCUAAACCGAAACUCAAAGGACAGAAAGUCGAACAUCUACCCGCAAAACUGAAACUUAUACCACCUCCCAUCGCGAUAUAGCGGACCCGUCGUCGAGAGUGUUGAACCAAACGAAAAAAGCAUCGCAAAGGCUACUACCGCAAUAACAACAAGAGCAACAGCACGGCAAGAUUGCAUAACCCGACUCCCUCCUAAACUUACUUCCUUCCUGUAAGCUUCUGCGUAAAAAUCGGCUGCGUGAGCGUUGACCGGCUCCGCCAUUAGCAAACGGCGUCACGUGGCUCGUGCAGCCACGACCUGCCGCCACUAUCCUACGAUCGUCGGAGCGUGCCGCCAUCUGCUAGUGCCUACAGCCACUUGCCAAAAUAAAUCCUACAAAUAGUGAGCGUUCCGCAACAUGCUCCGACAUGGAUUCUCCAGACAGACAAAUAUAUGAGACUGUGAGCAGUGGUGAAGACCCAAAGCGACAAUCGAACCAGCAGCCGGCAAGCGGGUCCGCCCCAGCGGCGCUGUUCGCCGGCGGCCAGCGCUGUGCCAGCUCGUCGCCGACGUCCGCCACCCCGGCACUGUCCGUUAGCUCGGCUAACAGUAGCCCGACCACAGCCCGAGUUCCUAGCUCGGGCAGUCUCAGCCAUUUUGAGUUCGGUGACGGCUGCGUCGUUCCGGACCUGUCUGAUCUCGGCGGGUUCGACCUCGGUAACUUCAUCGCGGCACAGAACAACGCCGGCAGUGGUGGCGGUGGGGGAAGUGGUUUGAGUGGUACCUCGCUGACGUCGUCUCUUGGCAGCUCCCAGUCAUCGGAGAGCUCGCAAGGCUCAAAUCUUGGUGAGUCCGAUAUCUUGUUCACGGAUCUACUCACCGAGCAGCAACAGCGCGGCGGUCGUCUUAGCCUAGCUAACAUUGGGCAGUACAGCGAGCGGUUAACCGGAUCGCCAGACCGCUUCGACACCCCUUCUCCUGCGGUGCCUAUCAAGAGGGAACCGCUGGAUCAGAACGACUACAAUCGGGAGGCCGCCUAUGGGCGCAAUCUCCUGGCGGCGGCCUUCCCGGCCUUAUCGGGCACGUCCGGUCAGAUCUUACCCGGCAAUGUAAAUGUUCCCGGCGUGGCCGGCAAUCAGAUGCAUCAGCAUACGGUGCACCAGGCGCAAGUACCUCGACCUGCGCCUACUGUUCCUGUGAACAUCUUUUCACACGAUCUGAACCAGCAGCAUCGCAGCCUUCAGAAUGGACACCUCGGAGGUAUUGCGCACAAUGGACUAAGCGGCCUUCCCGGUCAGGUUCUGGCCCACAAAGCGCAGCUCAAGCAGCCGAACGUCAUGCAGAAGACUGGAAAGAAGUUCGUUGACAAGACUUCGGAGGAAUAUAGAAGGCGGAGGGAACGCAACAAUAUCGCAGUGAGGAAAAGUAGGGAAAAGGCAAAGCAGAGGACAAGAGACACCGAACGAAAAGUGACUGAGUUGAACCGCGAAAACGAAGGCCUCAGAAAAAAAGUUGAGAUGCUCACUAAGGAACUAACUGUGCUCAAAUCGUUGCUCACCAACGUGGGGGUUCCUCCCGAAAACGUAGACUCGGAGAUCGCCCGAUCACUGCAUAUGGGCCUGCCUGAUCAUUACUGACCAGCAGGACCGCCCUCGUGCGGCGGCUCAGCCGCCCCACAAGCGGAAGCCUCCAGGUCCAUCUUGGAUUCGGGGGUGUUUUCCCUCGCCCAAACGGCUUCCCUCGAGUUGACCGGUCUCGCAGCCCCGGCUCUCGGCGCCUUCGGCAAUAGCGCUCACAGCAGCCCCCUAACAUCACGGACUUCGAGUCCGGCUUUGGCGCUCAAUCUGGGAAUCGGCUCCAAAAGCCUUGAUCUCAGCAACAGGUCGAGCCACCAGGAGGCAGCAGCAACAAUAACAGCAGCGGCAGGUGCUUGUGUAGGUUCGGGCUCUGUGAACGGUGUUGGGGGUAAUACAGCCGCAUCAGCUAACGUCACUGUUGGCUCAGGGGGUGGCGCCGCGGACACUGGCGGCGGGUCUGCCAUGCUUGAGGGAACUCAACAGCUUUUCUCCCUGCCAAGAUGGUAUUUUCCCAGUACGUAACUGGCUCGACAACAAAAUGAAGUACGGCAACAAGUGACAAAAAAAGAUUCUUCAAGAAAUUUCGCCCAAGUAAAGUUCACCAAAUAGGGAAGCAGACUCGACAGACGAUAACAGACAAGAACAACGACAAUGAAAUCCAAGAAUUGGAUGACCACUGGGAAAGUUCCAUUGUUGACGGGCUGGAGGACACAGAGCAGGGCGAGAGGGAGCGUUAGCAAGGCCCAUCGCACUUUAUCGGCGUACGCACAGAAGAAAAUGGCAGGCAUCCAUGUUGGCCCUAGUGUUUCAAGACAAGUGGGCUGACGGCUAAAUUAGUGGGAUCAGUUCGAAGCGGCACGAGUGGUGCGCGAGGGCCUUGCUACAGUGAGUUUCCUGCUUGGCAGCGUCAGACAGACCAGACACGCUGGCGGCAGCAGGACGGACGUGACGGGACGGCCUUCAGAGCGAGACGCAAUCGAAGAGUUGGCCGUCCGGCUCCGGACAGAGUGAUCCAAUCGAAACCAAAGGAAGGAUUAGCCAGCACCCCAGCUGCGAUCAGCAAAAAGACAACAAGCAAGGAGAAUGAGGUAACGACGACGAGCGACAGGCCUACAAAUAACAGAUGAGGACCUACGACAACUGCAAAAACAUCCACAUCUGCUCGAUGCGAUCCAGCAAAACGACAACAACAACAACAACAACUAUUACUACUGCUACGACUAUGACGACAACAGCAGCAGCUGACCAAGGUGUACAAGACACAUAUGUGACACAGUAUACGCUAUAUCCAUUCCAUUCGAAGUGCAGACAAAAGAUGACGAUUUCAAGACACAACAAUGACAACAACAGCUAUUCUUUCAAGAGUGUUGACAAAAGACAAAGAUAAACAUCUCUAUAUCAGUCUAUCCGACAGACACGUCCUUCCGUCCGAAACCGCAGGGAUAAGUUUUCUCGGAGAAUCUAAGCGCAGUUCGUUCAUCGGUUCCCGAGGAGACGAGGCUGAGAUAAGAUUCGACUCCCCUACAGUUUUUGUUAAAAAUAUGCAUUUAUAUAUAUAUAUAUAUAUAUAUAUAUAUAUAUAUACAUACAUACAUACAUAUAUAUAUAUACAUAUAUUCUAGUCACGAGACCCCUAAUUUGAGGUUGCUUCUUUUUCGUCCUGUUCUACCUUACCUUGCGUACUCUUCUUUCCUUUGUUUUCUGUGAUCUUCAUUUCGUUCAUUGUUCCUUUUUCUCUAACACCUGAAUUUCCCCAAUGAUUGCUAUGACUCGAUUUUUUUGUGUCUCGAUUCGAUUUAAUAUUUCACUUUUACGGGCCCGUUUUUUUCCCGAUACUCUAUUAUCCAUAGCAAUUGGACAUUUGUCUUAUAUCAAAAUACUUCUGUUUGAGAAAUGCAUUUCCUCAUCAGAAAAAGCCCCCGCUCCCCUUCUUCAAAUGUCAGUUUCGAUCUAGGUGUACUAAUCGACUAUACGAACCGGCGCUGAGCAGGCGUCUGGCCGAAAUGAGCAUUUGCUUUUUCCCAAACUGUGGAAACAAAGGAAGGCAAAAUAGUCGAAAUUUUCCCUUUUCUAUCAAUCGUGUUCAAAUAAAUAAUCUCACGACGACUGGCUCGGCUACCGGAUGGAUGCGGCUGUUCAAUUUGUAGAAGACAAAAACGAUGUGCAACGAAAAGAAAGGCAAAACGAAAGUAACAGUGAUCCACGAAAACAACAAUCAGACUAGCCUUAAACUAAUAGAACAAGCAACGAUAUACUACUAUAACAUCUCUACUAUCAAGAUCAACGACAGCGGUAAAUAGCUGAUUAUUCUUAUCGUCGAGUAAAUAAGUGAUUUUAGCUAACAGAGCGGAAAAAAAAAAAAAAAACGUAAUGAUUGAUCUUGAUAUUGAUAAUAAUACUACGGAGAAAAGACAGAAUGAAAAAGAAGUAGUAGCAAACACCGGAUAGAGCGAACAAAAGCGUUAGAAAAAUUGUGUUCUUCUAGUAUAUUACUGGUAAAGUAAACAGUUGUUGGAUACAUGAAUUCAAGCUUUCACUUGACUUCGAUUUGACUCAUGUCCUUAUGGUAUUGCUGGGCGACGGCACUGACCAUCCCAUCUAAAUGAUAGGAGAAACGAAGCCACACUGCGGAUGAUCAUAACCAUAACAAUAAUAACAGAAGAUAAACCAUUUGUUAUUAUUCUAGUACUGCUUUUGUAAGACAACACUACCACCUAUAAUAACUGCCUGCAGCCUUGACAAAAGCAACGACCGCAAUAGUAACAACCGAAACAAACAAACAAACAAACAUUACAAUUUGGAAAAUAGUAACUGCAGUAACAUUCGCGAGAGUACGAACCCGCGAACGCCUAACCAUACAGACACGCUCAUCUAUAUAUAUAUAUGGACGAGAUACAGAUUGCGUGUGAUUUAGCAGCGGCAGCAGCAAUGAUAGUGAUGAGCAUGACGAAGCUGGUUGCACUACUACUACUACUACUACUACUACUACUACUUGUAGUCACAAUGGUGAUAUUCAGAUGAUACUGAUGGUAUUGAGUUCAACUAAUAUGUACAAUAGGUGUGGACGGAUUAUGGAGACCUACAAUGAUGAGAAUAUGAUAGUAGAACCAUAUGAAGGCUAACAGCAACCCGAAAAAAGACAGCCACAAAGUACUAUUGCUAAUAGUACCACACAGACAUCGACAAGAAUCCCUGUAACAGAGCGAACAAUAAUAAUUGCAAAAGAAAGAAACACAGAAAUCUAUCUAGAAGCUCAUCCGUUCGUCUACCCGCGCUCUUAUUACGACCAAUGAAGAGUGAAGAUCCGGUCCAUAGUAUCGUAUUGUUGUAUCUACUGAUGUAUUAAUAUAAUAACGCAGUAUUUUUUUAUCGAUCACCAAAAGCAGAAUGCUACUCCACUUCCGAUUUUAUAACACGCCGGUUUUCGAUACAUAGUUUAUCUUCGAUUCCUUUCUGUUCUCCGUAACUGAUCGCUUUACGUCGCCAAUUAACGGGACUAGAUAUCUGCUCGUCAAAAAUCACAAGCGCACCAAAAAUGUACUAGGAUCUAACUUAGCAUAGCUCCAAUUUACUCUAGUUUAUUUUUCAUAAUACUAAUAAUAGAUAAUAUGAGAUAAUUAAAAUAGCGUAGCGAUUUUUACUGUUUACGCCGAAAAUAUCUGCCGUAUUCGUAAUUCCUGAACGCGACGGACGACGCUAUAUUCGCGCUAGAGUUUAUCAUGUUCAACAAAAGAUUCUAGAAAAGAAGUAGACCAAGUGAGAACGAAAGAGAUUUUAGAUCAAUGCGCGUGUCGAAUAUUGCUUAAUAUAACGGUGAUUCUAAUUAUCUGUACUUAAUUAUUACUCUGGUUCUCACCGCACGGGUGUUGAUGGUUACACCAUCGUACUACAUACACCUUUAUUGCCCUACUGAAGCGCGACCUUCCUCUAUUUUAAGGAAAUCUAUCAUAUGGUGCUGUUUCCCUUAAAAGUCGUACAGAGCAACAAGCUAUUGCCGGGAGCCUGGCCCAUACGCGCAUGAAUCGGCCGAUCAUCAAUCGAUUUGACAGUGGGAAGUCGGCUUAGCUACAUACCACCACUGUGUCCGGAAGCUCUUUAUGAUUACUAUUCCUAAUGCUACCAUGAAAAAAAGCAAGCGAAACAAGCUGGCUGGCUGGCUGGCUGGCUGGCUGGCUGGCUAGCUGCCUUCAAUUUACGACAGAGAGUCCCCACAUAACAAUGAACGAUUGCUCAGUAAAAUUCAAGCUAUUAUUGUUAUACACGGUUAUUGUAGCAUUGUUGCCGAUUAGUGGCGAUAUCUUGAUCGAUCGCACAUACGAGCGCCGCACUUCAUCUCCUUUUUCCUCUUCUAGAGAGAAAAUGAAAAACAAGAAUCCUUCUCUCCACUUCAUUAGCCCCUCACUAGAUUUUGCUCCCCAGUUCAGCUAACAGACCUCUAUCCGUCACAGCCCACUGAAUUUUUUGUUAGCA